AUGGAAUCUGAAGAAGAAAGUGAUGCAUCAACAUUUGAAUCAGAGAUUGACAGUGAUGAAGAUUUAAUAACGCAAAUAAAUAAACAGAAGGGAGAAAAGAUGAAAGAUGAAUCAAUACGUAAGACACCGAAUUUACAAAAGAAAAAG